AUGAUUGUGGCUCCUAGAGAGUAUAAGGUAGAGUUUGUCAACAGGAAGAGAUACCACAGCAUCAACGUGCACGGCAUCGUCCCAGCUGGGUGUCACUUACUGGGAGAUAGUGGCUAUCCCAGCAAGAAGUGGCUACUGACUGCAUACCUCAGACCACAGCCUGGAGCACAGUCUUCUUAUAACAGGGCCCACAAGAAAACCUGCAGCAUUGUUGAGAGAGGCAUCGGGCAGCUGAAGCCACAUUUUCACAUGCCACACAGUGAAAUCCAAGUUGGUCCUCCAUCCAAGGUCUGCCAAAUUGUAGAGGUUUGUGCAUUGCUACACAACAUCUGCAAAGCAAGAAACAUCAUUCUUCCUGAGGAAGAAGAACAUCUUGCUGCAGCCGAGGAUGGAGGCAGCGAGGAGCGACCCCCAGCACAGAAAGUUCAAAGUCGCCAUGAAGGAAUCCUUUACAGGGAUGAAUUUGUUGUGCUUCACUUCAAGUGGAUGAUCUCCUUCUCAUCCAGAAACACCAAUGAUGUACCAGGCAAGUCUGGCCCCUGUUGGUGCCACAUCACUGGUGCUGGAAGUGGUGUGGCAGGUGCCUCUUCCUCAACACCCACUGCCUCGGAAGCCCAUGUCUAA